AUGGUUACUUUUCUUCCAUUGAAAAUUAUUCCAUCUAGCACUGCUGCCUCCAGUCCCAGAUGCUUUGGUCCAUCUUUUGUCAUAGAUGCAUGCAGUUUGUCCCCCAUCUCUGGUCCCAGAUGUAGUUUGGGUCCUCUUCCUAUCUCAAACACUUUGGUCAUGUUGCAUGCAGAAAAACAAAGAGGUGAUGAAUAUGAAAGGAAGUAUAUAGAAGCUCAAGGAUCUAAAGAAGAGUUAAGCAAAAAAUUAGCAGAAACUGAGAAAAGGGUAUAUCAGCUUCAGGACUCGUUGAACAGGAUGAUAUCUUCCAUGUCAAGUCAAGUUGCCGAGCUGAAGACGAUCUUGAGUACUUCCUCAAGAUUGAGUUCAACUUUUCGACCUAUUGCUAGGGUUGAUGUUGCUUCUAGUAACUCUGAUACUUCAUCAUCGGACUCUGAUUUCACACUUCGAGCUCCUGUUUCAAAUCCAGAACCUCAGGAGUCUAAUUCUUUCCAACUAGUAGUUCAGGAUGUCACUGCAGGGGAUGGAUCGGGAACUGAAAGUGGAAAGGAGGAUUCAUUUGAUGAUUUCUUCUAG